AUGAAAAUGAUUACAGAAAGAUACAAUUGUCAAAUCGAUUUUAUCGAUGUAAAAAUUCAAAAUGAAAUUAUUAUUUUACCAAAAAGUAUAAAUUCAUCGACAACAGAAUUAACACCGAGAUAUUUAAUUGAACAAUCGAAUCAAUUCUAUUCAAGUAUAGCAAUAUUGAAAAAAGUAUCUAUUUCAAAUUUUGAAAUCGAAAUUCAUCGAACAGCGAAUAGUCGUGUAUCAAAGAUAGAUAUCCUAAUUAUUACAACGGCUAAAGAUGCGAUAAAAGAAAGUAUUGAUCCAACAAGUCGCGGUCUUUAUUUUGAGAAUGAUAUUGGUAGAGGAAUUUUAUUUAUGCCAUGGACACCAUUUACUAUAUCGAAGCUUGAUAUAAAUCAGACGAAUAAUGAUUUUAGAAAAUCAAUAAAUGGUUUUAUUUGGACAACAUUGAAAAAGUGA